UUAUUAGUGCAUAAGAACUGUGCCGAGGUAUACAAAUCUGGUAGAAUAACCAGCGGUGUUUAUACAAUCAAUCCAGAUGGUAUUGGACCUGACUCUGAAGUGUUUUGUGACCAAAGUACUGCCGGAGGGGGAUGGACAGUGGUCCAAAAGAGACUUGAUGGCUCUGUUGAUUUUGACCGCGGCUGGUCUGACUACAAAAAUGGCUUUGGCGAUCUGAAUGGCGAGCUUUGGCUCGGACUGGACAAAAUGCACCGCCUAACAAAACCCACGACCAAGCUUCGGGUCGAUCUUGAAGAUUUUGACGGCUAUACUUAUUACGCUGAGUACGCCAGGUUUGCAGUGGCGGACGAAAGCAAAAAAUACCAGUUGAGCGUCAUGACAUAUUCAGGAACUGCUAGCGACUCUCUCACACAACAUCAGGGCUAUUCCUUUACAACUAAAGAUCAGGACAAUGACAGCGCUCACCCAAACUGUGCUGAGAUAUAUAAAGGAGGGUGGUGGUAUUAUAGCUGUUAUAUGUCAAACCUGAAUGGUGUCUAUCGAAAUACCUCAGCUAAUGGUCCUGGAGUCGCAUGGAAUAGCUGGAAAGGAGUCAACUCCUCUUUGAAGAGGGCUGAGAUGAAAAUCAGACCAGUGGAUUUUUAGAGCUUUGUAUGUUAUAUUACUAAGAGAAAUAUUAAAUGA